ACCACCACGACUUUUGUAUGUAUGGUGUGCUGUGCUUCUCUGUGAUCUUUCAGAAUUUCACGUUCCUUCUUCUUCUCUUCUUCUUUAUUUUCUCUUAAAAAGGAAAUUAUUUAUUUCUCUUAUCAUUACGAUCAUUCUACCAUUUUAAUUACUCCCAGACUUUGCGCCGCUGAGAAAACAAAAAGGAAAGAAAUAUAUUAUAAAAAAAAAAAGGGAAGAAGAAGCUCAUCAGCUUCCAUUUCCAGAUGGUCUUUUGAAUCUGCUCAUUGUUUCGAGAAACAAGAAGCUUUUUUAUCUUGAAAAAUGGGCAAUUGUUUAGAUUCAUCAGCUAAAGUGAAUAACAGCAGCCACAGCUCUCAUGCUAAUUCUGGUUCAUCGGGGUCAAGAGUUUCAAGCAAGACAAGCCGUUCCACAGUGCCUUCAAGCUUAAGCAUAAAUUCUUACAGCAGUUUAGAGUCUUUACCUACACCAAGAACAGAAGGAGAGAUACUGUCAUCACCAAAUCUCAAAGCUUUCACCUUCAACGAGCUCAAGAGCGCUACUAGGAACUUCCGGCCAGAUAGUCUUUUAGGUGAAGGAGGUUUUGGUUAUGUCUUUAAAGGAUGGAUCGAUGGAACAACUUUGACUGCUUCGAAACCGGGUUCUGGAAUCGUUGUCGCUGUCAAGAAGCUUAAAACUGAAGGCUUUCAAGGUCAUAAGGAGUGGUUGGUACGCCGUGGCGCUCAGCCUCUAACAUGGGCUAUAAGGAUGAAAGUUGCAAUAGGAGCAGCCAAAGGGCUUACAUUUCUUCACGACGCUAAAUCGCAAGUGAUAUACAGAGACUUCAAAGCUGCGAACAUUCUACUCGACGCUGAAUUCAACGCUAAGCUUUCAGACUUCGGUCUAGCUAAAGCAGGUCCUACUGGUGAUAGGACACAUGUGUCCACACAAGUCAUGGGUACUCACGGAUACGCAGCACCUGAAUAUGUAGCCACAGGUCGAUUAACAGCUAAGAGUGAUGUAUACAGUUUCGGUGUUGUGCUGCUGGAGUUACUCUCAGGACGAAGGGCCGUGGACAAAUCAAAAGUGGGAAUGGAACAGAGUCUAGUGGACUGGGCAACACCGUAUCUCGGCGACAAGAGAAAGCUCUUUCGAAUAAUGGACACGAGAUUAGGAGGUCAGUAUCCUCAAAAAGGAGCGUACACAGCUGCUAGUCUUGCGCUGCAAUGCCUAAACCCUGACGCAAAACUCAGACCGAAAAUGUCAGAAGUUUUGGCCAAAUUAGAUCAGCUUGAAACUACUAAACAGGGAACUGGAAUUGGCUAUAGACAAGCUCAGCUUGAUUCUCCGAGAGGUAGUGCCGGAGUUGGAACAAGACACGCUCAGAUUGAUUCUCCGAGAGGUAGUACUGGAGUUGGGACAAGACAAACUCAGAUUGAUUCUCCAAGAGGUAGUAAUGGAAUUGGAACAAGACAAGCUCAGAUUGAUUCUCCAAGAGGUAGUAAUGGAAUUGGAACCAGACAAGGUCUGAUUGAUUCUCCGAGAGGUAGUAAUGUGGUACAGAAAUCUCCGAGGAGGUAUAGUUAUGAUCGGCCUCUCUUGCACAUAACCCCUGUUGCUUCUCCUUUGCCUGAUCACAAUCAGUCUCCUCGUGUAAGAUAGUAUCAACGUCAUAGUUUUCUGUUAGUAAAAUGUAUACUCUGUGUGUAAAAUUAUGCAUCUUUUCACACUACAUGGAUUUUUGAUGUUGUUUUGAAACUAUUGUUCAGUUUUUGUUUUCUAAUCGUUUGAAAAUAUCUCAGUAAUAUAAUUUUGGUGAUAGUUGUUAAACUAUGUUAUUCUUGGCUCACCU